AUGUCUCCCACGUCCCUCGUAUUCGUCGAUCUGCGAGCCGUGGUGGUCGGGAUGCUGUCACGCCGGGCACGAUACGAGCGUAGCGCACAAAUCUUGUUUGACGGCUACUCCGAUACCUGGCUACCAAGCGUCGAGGGCAAGCUCCCAGAUGGCUUCACCGCGGACAUUCUAGGUGAGAAUGACGACGGUACGGAAACGUCCGCCGAUCCGAACGGCUAUGCGGUCGAUAAUGUGGCGCACGGUGAACAGGCGGUGUUUGGUGUGGCGAAUGAUGACGGUUCAUAUCGCGACGAGACGUAUGGCGAGAAGGUGGUUGGUGAAGCGGACAAAGGCGAAGCGGACGGAGGCGAAGCGGACGAAGGGGAAGCGGACAAAGGGGAAGCGAACGAAGGGGAAGUAAACGAAGGGGAAGCGGACGACGGUGAAGCGGACGAAGGCGAAUCGGAUGAAGACGAAGCGGACGAAGGCAAAUUGGACGAAGGCGAAGCGGACGAAAGCGAAGCGGACGAAGGCGACGCGGACGAAGGGGAAGCGGACGAAGGCGAAGCGGACGAAGGCGAAGCGGACGAAGGCGAGGAGGGGGAAGGCGAGGAGGGGGAAGGUGAAGGGGCGGAAGGCGGAGAGGCGGAAGGCGUAGGAGCUGUUGGCGAGGAGGCGGAAGGCGAAGGGGCGGAAGGUGGGGAGUGGGAUGGCGAAGAGGGGGAAGGCGAAGAGGGGGAAGGCGAAGAGGGGGAAGGCGAGGAGGGGGAAGGCGAAGAGGGGGAAGGCGAGGAAGGAGAAGGCGAAGAGGGGGAAGGCGAAGAGGGGGAAGGCGAAGAGGGGGAAGGCGAGGAGGGGGAAGGCGAAGAGGGGGAAGGCGAAGAGGGGGAAGGCGAAGAGGGGGAAGGCGAAGAGGGGGGAGGAGAAGAGGGGGAAAGCGUAGGGGCUGUAGAUGGGGCUGGAGAGGAGGCGGAAGGCGAGCAGGCGGAAGGAGAGGAGGCGGAUGGGGUCCAGGCAGAUGGCGACAAUGUGGGCGAAGGCUUGUCCAAUUACUCCAAUUUUAGUGCAGAGGAGAGAACUAAUGGGCGGCGGACACGCGUACAAGCACUCAGCCGCGGGUCGACGCUGGAUGAGGAUGAAGAAGCUGCACGAGUGGUGAAGAAAGGGCGGUUUAUGAUUCUGGGGGUCGCACCGGAUGAUACGCAACAGUGCGGUAACGGGCGUGGCGGAGAAGCAAAGGAUAAACAAGGAGGGCAGACCGUGAAAGGGGCAUUGGCGGCGGCGAAGCCACCCAUGAAGCGCAGGAGUAAGAAGGCCAGCACUAAACCCCUUCCAAAGGGUAAAGGUGAAGCAACGGAGGGGAAGACAAAGACAAAACCUAAGCCCAAAAAGCGUAAGUCAUCCACUUUUUGCCCUCCAGCCCUGUAA